AUGUUUUGUAAAUGUAAUCAGUGUAAAAUGACUUUCACACAAAGCUCCCUUCUGGCUACACAUCAGAGAAUCCACACUGGAGAAAAACCUUAUGAAUCUAAUCAGUGUGGAAAGGCUUUCAACAAAGGUUCUAAUCUUGCUGAACAUCAGAGAAUCCACACUGGAGAGAAACCUUAUGAAUGUAAACAGUGUGGAAAGGCUUUCACAAAUAGUUCUGAUCUUGCUGAACAUCAGAGAAUCCACACUGGAGAGAAACCUUAUGAAUGUAAUCAGUGUGGAAAGAGUUUCACAAAGAGAUCCAAUCUUGUUGUACAUCAGAGAAUCCACACUGGAGAGAAACCUUAUGAAUGUAAUCAGUGUGGAAAGCGUUUCACAAAGAGAUUCAGUCUUGCUGAACAUCAGAGAAUCCACACUGGAGAGAAACCUUAUGAAUGUAAACGGUGUGGAAAGGCUUUCACAUACCACUCCAUUCUUGUUAAGCAUCAGAGAAUCCACACUGGAGAGAAACCUUAUGAAUGUAAACAGUGUGGAAAGGCUUUCACAAAUAGUUCUAAUCUUGCUGCACAUCAGAGAAUCCACACUGGAGAGAAACCUUAUGAAUGUAAACAGUGUGGAACUGCUUUCAAAAAUACUGCUUAUCUAGCUGCACAUCAGAGAAUCCACACUGGAGAGAAACCUUAUGAAUGUAAACAGUGUGGAAAGGCUUUCACACGGAGAUCCAGUCUUGCUAUACAUCAGAGAAUCCACACUGGAGAGAAACCUUAUGAAUGUAAUCAGUGUGGAAAGACUUUCACGCACAGUUCCAGUCUUGCUCGGCACCAGAGAAUCCACACUGGAGAGAAACCUUAUGAAUGUAAACAGUGUAGAAAGUCUUUCACAGAGAGUUCUGUUCUUGUUGCACAUCAGAGAAUCCACACUGGAGAGAAACCUUAUGAAUGUAAUCAGUGUGGAAAGACUUUCACAAGUAGUUCUUAUCUUGCUGAAUAUCAGAGAAUCCACACUGGAGAGAAACCUUAUGAAUGUAAGCAGUGUGGAAAGACUUUCACGCAGAUCCAUCUUGCUGAACAUCAGAGAAUCCACACUGGAGAGAAACCUUAUGAAUGUAAGCAGUGUGGAAAGACUUUCACACGCAGUUCCAAUCUUGUUGCACAUCAGAGAAUCCACACUGGAGAGAAACCUUAUGAAUGUAAUCAGUGUGGAAAGUCUUUCACAGAGAGUUCUGUUCUUGUUGCACAUCAGAGAAUCCACAAUGGAGAGAAACCUUAUGAAUGUAAACAGUGUGGAAAGUCUUUCACUCAGAGAUCUGCUCUUGCUAAACAUCAGAGAAUCCACACUGGAGAGAAACCUUAUGAAUGUAAUCAGUGUGGAAAGUCUUUCACAGAGAGUUCUGCUCUUGCUAUACAUCAGAGAAUCCACACUGGAGAGAAACCUUAUGAAUGUAAACAGUGUGGAAAGACUUUCACUCAGAGAUCUGCUCUUGCUAUACAUCAGAGAAUCCACACUGGAGAGAAACCUUUUGAAUGUAACAAGUGUGGAAAGGCUUUCCUAAGCAGCUCCCAUCUUGCUGCUCAUCAGAGAAUCCACACAGAGAAACCUUAUGAAUAA